AUGGUAGUUUUUAGUCCUUCUGCAUUGCUUCAAUGGGCGCAGCAAGUCCAACAGGAGCCACCCCAUUCACACAUUUUCCGCAUAUUGCCCUCCUCACCCACAUCGGAUUCAACAGCUACUCCUUCUCCGCAGUCGAACGAUCAACCAAAUGAUAAAGAAAACCAGCUUCCACCCAGUGUCCAGUUUACUUUAUCUGUCAACGCCAUUUGCCAAACCUGUCACGCACAACUGUCGCUUCACAUCGAUCAACCCAAUCAUGUCUGUACAGCUGACGGUUAUCCAACCCAUCAUUUCCAUACAAAGACACAGUCUGAAUUCUCUUGCUGUGGUUGUGGAUUCACUGUUCACUUGGUCGCCCGCGACCCGAUCCUUCCCAUUCAUCUGUUGCAGUCCCUUGCCGAUAAUCGAUCCAUUGCAAGAACUUAUGCAGACAGCAUAGCCAAACCAGACGAGCCGAAGCCCACCUUGGUGUCUACGAUAUCCACCCUUAUUAGCUACGUUAACGAUCUCCUAAAGGAUGUUCGACGAAAUAUCAAUACAAAAAACCCUCACUUCAUGGCUCGCAUUGGCCUUGAUGCCGUCAGUCAGGCAAUAUUUGAAACCAUAGGAUUUAGGCUCCAAGGCGAACAGUUUAUUAUACCGGACGACAAAACGCUAUUGUCCGACCAUCACCGGUUAUCGCUGAUUCGAAACGAAUUGUUGAUAUGCUUGUACGAAUUACAACAACAUGUCGGUUCCGCCAAUGUUCCCUUUUCAGCGAUAUUAUCCGAGAUCUAUCCGGCAAAUGACAUCCUAGGCGAUAUGCUAGGUGUUACAGCCGACAUUGAACAACAAGUCGCCAGAGACCCUUCUCUGGAUAAAGACUAUCAUGCAUUAGGGUUAACUGCCGGUGCCGUCGACGGAUUCAUCGUCUGGACCUAUCGUCGCCUAUGCCAAGAAGAUCCAGCCCGCGCUCGUCAAUAUUUGCAAGCUCUUGCCGAUAUUGCACACGGUCGUUCAUCCGAAGCGCUGUUAACCGAAGUCGCCAUUGAGCGUAGUCGCGAUCAGGUUACACCAAAUGAUGCGACGGACGCUUACAGUUACUUUGGCGUAAACAAUCCUGAAGACGCAGAUGACAAGUUUCUUAUGGAAAUGUUUCUGGAAAAGUACGAGAAGAAUCCCGAAGCUCGACAAACGGCAGUUGAAAAAUUACGUGUCCUUGCUACAUGUCGAGGAAGUGUCUCUUUGUGGAACUUUUUAAAGGAACAACAGACUUCCGAAGCAUCAGUGGUUGCACGUGUCAAUCUUAACAAACGCAGUAAGUCACUUCCUGUGGGCCUCAACAACAUCGGUAAUACAUGCUACCUUAACAGUGUGCUGCAAUAUUAUUUCACAUUGGUGCCAUUCCGAGAUACGGUGAUCCACAUGGAUAAUUACAUCGAGGACGAAAUCGAUGAACAUUGGCAAUCCAAGAAGAUCGGAGGGAUCGAAGUGGAUAAAAACGAAGUACAACGCGCCAAAAAAUUUGUCAAUCUACUACGAAGCUUGUUCUUGGACAUGAAAAAUUCCACUCAAAAAGCGAUUUCUCCGGCAUACGACUUGGCUUAUAUGGCCUUACUGAAUGAGAAGGAAGAGCCCGCCACAGCAGAGCCUGUUUCCCAAGCAGACAAUGAUCAAAGCGACUCCGUUGAAAAAUCAGAAAAUUCAAACUCGGAUGCCGCAGCCUCCACAAACCCACCUCAGGAUACCGAACCGGCAGAGAAUGGUUCUACUGAUGCCGGAUCUGAGGAAACCAAAGGCAAGGAGCCAAUGCUUCAGAAAAUUCGUCACAAGUGGAAAGUGGAUGCUGAUGAUGGUCGUUAUACAGAAUGUAUGGGUAAUAUCAUGUAUCUUGUCGAAGCUGCGCUGAAGCCGCUCGAGACACAAAAUGGGGAGCAAGUCCGUGACAUGGUUCGAGACUUAUUCUAUGGCAAGGCACGUCAAAUUCUCUCCUAUCAGGACAGUGAAACGUCCAAACUGGUGAGAAAGGUCCAGGAAGAGGAAUUCUCGCAUGUCAUUGUGGAUGCCGCCGAAGGCAAAGAUCUUUACGACGGUUUGGAUGAAUACUUCUUUGCCGGUCAAGUCGAGAAUUUCCGCGGAGGAAGUGAAGCUACGCGUGAGGUGACCGUCAGUUGUUUCCCUCCUGUAUUGCAGAUUCUGAUCCAGCGAGUCCAAUUUGAUCGCGCUACAUCCAAUAUCUACAAGUCCAAUGCCUUUGUACAGUUUGACAAGGAAAUCUACGUUGACAGGUACUGUGAAAUCAAUUUCGAGCAACUGGCCCAGCGACGGGCCGAAGUAGCUGCUUGGCGUAGGGAAUUGCAGACUUGCGAAAAGAUCGUUGAAGAUUUUAUCAAGAAUCAGUCGUACCCUCUCCCCGUACCUGACAUGCUGGAAGCGACCGCGAAAAUUCUCGAGGAUCUUUCGCCUGCUCUCCAGAACGAACUUGAUAAUCAUCACCGUGCCUUUGAAGUUUUGAGAUCCGAGAUUCAGCGUGUCAAAGAUACUAUUGCAAGUAAUAAACAAAGGAUAGUCGAAUUGAAAGACAAGAUACGAAAUCAGUAUGAUGAUCUAAAGACACAAGCAUAUCGGCUUCACGCUGUAUUUAUUCAUCAAGGCCAAGCCAACUAUGGCCAUUAUUGGAUUUAUAUCUAUGAUCGAUCACAUGAUCAUUGGUGGAAGUACAAUGAUUCACAAAUGGUGAAGGUACACGAGUCUGACAUUUAUCGGGACACAUCCGGAUCGACCGCCAACCCGUACUUGCUAGUAUAUGUGAAAGCAGAGAACGCUGAUGCUUUGGUAGAAACAAUUGCACAGCGGGAUACUGAAUCCACACCCGAAGCUCUAUAA